GCUCCCCUCUUUUCGCGGUGCUCUCCAAAGGCACACAGGACUCCGUGAAUUUGUCCAACUAUUCGGACAGUCAUACACCACACCAUUUCGUCCCACUUUCUUCGUCCUAGUCCCCGCGAAUGUGGGUCUCCCCACCGGUGUGUCGCUGGCACUAGGUACUGAUACUUGACGAUCGAGGGAAAGGGAAGGGUACGCGCGGGUGUCGCAUCAUCGCUCACCAUUCGAUCGGUCAGUCCAGCCAACCCUGUCCGUGACGGUCUAUGCGCGUCUACUGUAAUUGUAUAUAAAGUAUCUGCUAAACGGCGUCGUUCUCGCAAAAAAUCCAAUCGAUUCGGUGUGACGCGGUGAUGUCGGUGAGUCAAUAAAAAGGUAGCUCGUUCCUUCCUGCUAUAGCUCUUCGCGUAAAGUGAAAAAUAUUCAAAGAUAUCUGCGUGUUUCGUAAGUCACGUAAGUUACGUUAAAAUUCGAACACAACAUCCCGAAGUAAGUUUUCGCUGGAAUUCCUGGAGUUCGAAAUUUGGCAAAACGAUAGAACGAACAGAAUCAAUGUGGCGAGGCGAGGGAUUGAGAAGAAUGAUGAUGAUGAUGAUGAUGAUAAUAUAAUGUUUCUCGUGCAGUCUUAGAAUCUUCUCCAAAGUGACAUAGUACGUAAGUGUAGUAGUAAAUAAGCGUGGAGGAUGCUGUUCGAUAUACGGCAUCGGUGCUUGCAUGUCGCGCGAAAGGAAUUUUGAAGCAGCACGAACGAGUUGGGGAAAGUGUAAAAUUAAGGUAAUGGCGAUCGGCGGGAUCGAUAUUUGAAGCGAUAAAAUGUAUUCGAUAAACAUACGGACGUGCCUUCUUGUCGUGUCGGCGUGCGGCUUAACUGCGCAGCAACCAACAUUUUUCAAAAGCACGUUCAAAGGAUUAAACGGCCUUACCUCGGGCAUUAGCGUGCUCGCGGAUAACGAGAUAAGAGCAGUUUAUUAUUACGAACAGACAGUAGCAGUGGUAGACCUCGGCCCGAGGAAUGUAUUGCACGACUGCAAUAUCAUCGAAGUAUACGAACCGUCAGAGGCUGCCGAAGUUAUACGGAACUUGUCUGUGACUUUACAUCCACAAGUGGUGUCCUUUCAAGAGAUUACAAGACUCAUGCAACAAUGCGAACUGUUAGAUAGCAUUCGAGUGGAAACCACGUCCACUUCGCCCACAAACGUACUGAGCAGAGGAACACGUAUAGCCGCAAGUUCCAUUACAUUGCUCUCUGGCAUUCUGCCGGGAACAAAAUGGUGCGGUACCGGUGACAUAGCUGAAAGUUAUCACGACUUGGGCGACGUACCUUAUGUCGACAGAUGCUGUCGCACCCAUGACCUUUGUCCCGUAAAGAUCCGUGCUCAACAGACUCGAUACAACCUCACGAAUUAUUCCUUAUAUACCAAGUCGCAUUGUACUUGCGACAAGGGGCUUUAUCGGUGCUUGAAGGCUGCCAAUCAUCCAACCGCAAAUCUAUUGGGACAAAUAUAUUUCAAUAUCAUCAAGGUAGAGUGCAUAGAAGACAUGCAGACAAAUCAACACAUCCCCUCGGAACCGUUAAAAAAAUUUGUACCUGUGAAGAGAGAAUAUUAGUUGUUACAGUGUCGCUUGAUAUAUGAAACCAGCGCGGUUAUAUUCACAAAAGUUUGCAGCCGUCCAACGAAAUUAGAUAUUACAAAAAUCGAAGGGUACAAUAUUUAUACAAUGCAUUUAUACUGCAUUUAUACUGCAUUUAUACGUAAAAUUUAUAUACCAUGCAAUAGGCACUUUUAUGAAUUGUAAUUUUAUGAGCAUA